CUUCCCGUUCCUCAGUUUUUCAUCUCCCAAAUUUCCCUCCUCUGUUUCCCUCCCCAAUUCCCUCCCUCUCCGUGUUUCUUCCGCACGAAGCGCAGCCUCCCUUCCUUGACGGGGCGUCCCACCCCUCUCCAGGCCCUUGACAGCACAUCCCUCCCGUUAGCAGGUCUAUCCUGAGCCGAAAAAUAUUCCACCGCAGCCUCAGUUUCGUCUCCCACAGAAUUGAUUCCACCACAACCUCACUCUCAUCUCCCAUAGAAGCCAUCUCUCCCUUCGUCUUCAACUCCUUUUAGGUUAAAAUUAAUAGUUUCUUGGAGAAAACUAAGAAUUAGCGGAGCAAGAACAAUGUAGUUCGUACUUAAGAGGGUAUGCGAAAGGAGCAAGAAAAUUGCAGGUUAUGCAAAUGUUGAUUCCUUGUGUGCCCACGUUGGUGCGUCCGAAAAAAUGGAAAGGGUAUGACAAGGGUGGGCACAACUUAUUCCUACCUUCUUAUAUCAUGCGUAUUCAUGGGUCUAGGAAGCAGCAGGAUGCAAUUAAGGAUGUUCAUGCAAAACAGAUGCAAAAGGUUUUUGAGGCUUUGGAUAUGCUUGGUAACACCAAAUGGAGAAUAAAUAGAAGAGUACUCAGCAUAGUAGAGUGCAUUUGGGAUAGGGGAGGCAAUAUUGCUGGCUUGAUUAAUCGUGAAGAAGACAUGCAUCCCAGAGCUUUCGAGAGAGAGUCGAAGAUGUUGUGUAGGCGUCUUCUUGAUUUGAAGUCGAAGACGAUUAGAGCUCCCUAACUCCUGCAGUUAAACAACACAACAAUGUAAGAGUAAAUCCAGGAAGAUGAAGAAGACGUGCGACAAAGACGCACACGACGAAGAUCACCCACGCCGAAGACCACGCAAGCUUACGAUUUGAAGGAACAACACCACGCCGAAAAUGAGAUCGAGGUCGAGCGCCAAAGCGGGAAUCCCAAACUUCCGUUUUUUGAUAUUUUUUU